GCGGAGGCGCGGGCGCGCCGGCCCGGAGUCGGGGUGGGGGUGGUGGUGACCAGCUGCAGGCAUCCUGGGUCCGUCCUCCUGGGAAAGAGGAAAGGGUCGUUUGGAGCUGGCAGUUUCCAACUUCCUGGGGGUCACCUGGAGUUCGGUGAAAGCUGGGAAGAAUGUGCCCAAAGGGAAACCUGGGAAGAAGCAGCUCUUCACCUGAAAAAUGUUCGCUUUGCCUCGGUUGUGAAUUCUUUUGUUGAGAAGGAGAAUUACCAUUAUGUCACUAUACUAAUGAAAGGAGAGGUGGAUAUGACUCAUGAUUCAGAACCUAAGAAUGUAGAGCCUGAAAAAAAUGAAAGUUGGGAGUGGGUUCCUUGGGAAGAAUUUCCUCCACUAGACCAACUUUUCUGGGCGCUACGUUGUUUAAAAGAACAAGGCUACGAUCCAUUUAAAGAAGAUUUGGAUCAUCUGGUAGACUACAAAGGAAAUCAUCUCUGGAUGAACAAGAAGAUUACCUGAUAUAUAUAUAUAAGUAAUAUAUAUAUAGAAAGAGACAGAGACAGAGACAAAAUAAGGUCCAGAGAAUGAAAAAUAUCUGUAUUUUAGAACAACUCCAUUUUAUCUAAAAAGUUCCAUAUUAUUACCAGUUUCUUUUCUUUUUUUUUUUUUUAAAGAUAUUUUUAUU